GACACGGAAGAAUGAGCCUGGCUAGCAUCAAUGUUUGUGUCAUGAUAAACGUUUUGUCCCCUUCAGUCGCGGUAUCCUACAGGUGAGACCGUGCUGUGUGUGCUCGUACCUCAGUGUGUGUCAGCAUGCAGGGCAGGGCCGGUCGCUGUUGUCACUAAGGCUCACUGAGGUGUAGACAUGGAUGUGCCUUGCUACCUGCCCAAACUGCUGUUUGAGCUCAAUGAGCAGCGUAAGAGAGACUUCUUCUGUGACUGCAGCAUUCUUGUGGAGGGCCGGGUCUUCAAGGCCCACCGGAAUGUGUUGUUUGCUGGCAGUGGCUAUUUCCGGGCUCUUCUGGUUCACUAUCUGCAGGAUAACGGACAGCGCUACAGCACAGCAUCGUUGGACAUCGUGACAGCCGAUGCCUUCUCUAUUAUCCUGGACUUCCUUUACUCCGGCCGCUUGGCGCUGAACAGAAGCAAUGUCAUUGAGGUGAUGUCAGCAGCCAGCUACCUGCAGAUGACCGAUCUGGUCAACUUUUGUAAGGGAUACAUCCGCUCAUCUUUGGAAAUAUGCAACAAGGAGAAGGAGAGGAGCACGGAGAAGGAGAGCCAGGCACAGGAUGGAGGGAUUGGUCCUGCAGACAGCGGCACUCCUGCUGCGACAAUCCCCAGUGGCGCCGAGGCUGCGGAGCCUCCAUCGCAGGUUGCAGAGGCAGAUAGAGGGUCGGGUUUAGGUCCGGAGUCUGUGAGCUCGGCCAGAACCCCCUUAUCUAUCCCUGUCACCACAGCUCCAGGCAGCAGCAGGGACAUGGACAGUGACUACCAUUCCAGGGAGGAAUUUGGACCUGUGAGCGAAGGACAGAAGGGACACAUGGAUCAGACCAACCUCUCAUCCUCCUCAUCGUCUGCUUUGACCCCCGAGUUAGUGAACCCUAAGAUAGAGUACGACCCAGAUGAGGAGCUUAUGGAGUCCCCUGACACCAAAGACCUGGCCUCAUAUCCUGGGCCCUCUCUCCAUAACCCUCAUCAUAGCAGGCUACUUCCGCCAAGUCCCUCCCCCUCCAAUGAGCGCUCUCCCUUAGGAUACAGCCCUUCCUUCAAUGCCAGGCAGCUGAUUGAGAUUCUGGCCAGAGGUGAAGGCCCCAGUCCUCUUGGGGACAGAGUGGGGCAGCGCUUUACUCAAGGACUAGGUAGCAGCACAGGAGGAGGCAGAAUGGAUGAAGGUUUAGGGUUUGUGGGAUCUUCUAUAAUGGAGAUCCAGUCUGAUUGGCUUGGAGAGGACACAGGCGACGGUUUGGUAGUGCCGGUGAAACUUCACAAGUGUCCAUUCUGCCCGUACACUGCCAAGCAGAAGGGAAUCAUGAAGAGACACAUCCGUUGCCACACGGGAGAGAGGCCCUUCCCCUGCCCAAUGUGUGGCAAGAGGUUCACAAGACAGGAGCACCUUCGCAGCCACGCCCUCAGUCUACCUACAGUCUCUUCAGUGGUCCACAGACACUACUGGCCAGUUUCAUGUAAGAGCUGCAGGCGAACCUUCACUGGAUCGGGCGUUUCACCAGGACUCAGGCGCUUUGGCAUCUGCGACAGCUGCAACUGCGUGACCACCACUCAUGACGAUUCCGCCCCUGUCCACCCCGCCAACCAACCAGAGUCCAUGGAACGUGCGGACGGGGGUACGGAUUGGUCCAAUUUUAUGGACGACGUGGAUGAAGUGGAGGUUGGCAGAGUGGAGGACUUGGUAGAGAAACAGAUGCUUGAGAGGCAGCUGGUCUGUACUGAUGUAGGUCACACACUGUGAAUCCCACUGUGCUUGGAGAAGAACUGUUUUUACUGUUCGGGUUAACCGUGGCCAUACUGUUAUUGAUGUUACAUUAUUGCUGUAAGAUGACCCUAUCUAUUGACUCAUUUGUAAUGAGAAAAUUUGUCCUUUUUACUGUUGGAGAUAUUGUGCUCCAGUGAUUUUAGAUUCAGUGUUUUGUUUCAUGUGGUCUUAAAAUUCCCUGCACAUGUCAUUGCAAAGUUAAUCAAAUCCCAAUUUCGCUGUAUGUACGGUACAUGAACAGAAUGUAGCCGUCAAAGUUGUAGUUUUAUGGAUUUUUCUUAACUUUACAGACCAUAGACAAAGUUACCGGUGUCCAAAAAGAUUACAGUUCACAGAUACAUCGAUCUCUGUGGUUAUAAUGGGGCCAUUUUGGGUGUUAUUGCAAUAAAUGUGUUGUGUAAUUGUGGACCAAUUCCCUUUAUCACACCUUGUGAA